CUGCGGGUCAGUUACCCAAGAUGUUGUUGCCCAAGUUAGUUUGUUUCGCAUUCGUCAGUUUGGCCUUUGGCCAGCUUAAACAUGUGGCCGCCGAAGAAACCAUCGCCGCCUGCCCCACAAACUUCACGCGGGUGGCGGAUAAGUGCCUCCUGCUCGAUGACAGCUGGAAGAACUUUUUCGAGUCGGAUCGCCACUGCCGAUCCAUCAACGCCGGACUCCUGAGCCUCAAGAACCAGACGGAACUGAAUGCCAUCACCAACUGGCUGGCCGAGAUUGCCCCCAAUCAACCGGAGGUCUGGACAUCCGGCAAUAAGUUGGGCCAAGCCAGAAACGAUUACUUCUGGCAGAGCACCGGGGAGCAGGCUGUGUAUCUGCCCUGGAACACGGGACAGCCCACUCCCGCCAGCGGAGACUGUCUCGCUUUGCUGGCCCACGUCAGCAUGUCCACCGGACAGGUCGUGAUGGAUCCCCACCGGCUGACCGUAAAGAACUGCACCCAGUGGGCGGCCCACAUCUGCCAGGCCCCAUUGCAACUCUUCAAGACCCAGCUGUGUCUCAACACUAGUGCGUUCUUCGAGGCCAAGAUCCCAGUUUAAGUGAAUUAACACAUGAGAGAGAAAGGGCGUGCUGCUCGUACAAAAUAUAAUGUUAUAUAAAACGAAUAUAUUUCAAAUAUUAUUUGUAUACGUUAAAACAAUGUCGAUUUGGAACCGUUUUAUUUAGAACGCAUUAAAGCUGAGAGACUAGGUUGCUUAGAAAGGCACAGACGAACAGUCGCAAAUAUGGUUUAAUAAAAAUUUAAUAAAAAUGGUUCAGCA